CUUUUUAACAUAAAACCAAAAGUUAUUAGCGAAAAGCUGUGUCAAUCGAGCACGUUGAUAGCGAAAGAGCAAGUGAGAUAAGAGAGAUAGAAAGAUAGAGAGAUCUCCAUAUGGAUAGAGAAAGAGUACUGAGAAAAGAAUACAUGGAAUCAUUUGAGUUCAUGGCAGCUGUUAAUGGAGAUACAAGUAUUUUUACAAAAUAUGAAGAAGAUCACAUAUUUUUAGCAACAACACCUGAUUUGAAUAAUAGCAUUGUCCAUUUAGCUGUUAGACACAAGAAAUGUUUAUUCAUUGAAACAGCUAUUAAUCGAUUUCCUGUUCUUCUGCAACAAAAGAAUAACAAAGGUAAUACUCCUCUUCAUGAAGCUGCAGAGUUGGGUGAUGAAGAAACUGUCAAUCUACUCGUUUCUCAACACAAUAUCAGAGAUAAUCAUAAUAUUAUUGAUGUACCAUUUUUCAUGGACAAGAACAACAAAGGAGACACCCCAUUUCAUGUCGCACUUCGUGCACGAAACGCGGCUGCAGCGCAUCAGUUGUUCAUAUUAGUCGUCACUAACCACCCUGAGAUCCUUGCCACACAGAACUAUUCUGGGGAGACUCCUUUACAUCUCUACAUCCGAUACUGUCCUGAUGACCAGAAUGCAGCUGACAAGCGAAAACUAAUUGAUCGAUUGAUUACAACACAUCCUAGAGCUGUCCUUACUAAAGAUUCAGAUGGAUUAACCCCUCAUAUGCGAGCGGCCGAAAAUGGCCGUGUUCUAGCAGCAUUACAAAUUCUUGCUCAUCACAAUCAAUUAUCUGAAUGUCGUGACUACAAUGGAAGAAACUUUUUGCACAAGUUGCGGUUAAUAAGGUUGGCAGAUCUUAAUGCAAGAGAUAGAGAGUCUAUUUUAUGGAACUGUAAAAGAAUCCUAAAAUUGCCUGGAUUUCAUGCUCUCAUAUUUUCUCAAGACGAAGAUGGAAAUACACCAUUACAUCGAGCUAUAGCUGAUCGAGAUUUUGAUGUUGCACGAUUGAUUCUUCAACAGUGUGUUGAUGAUCAAUCAAGUGUGAGAAAGGAGUUGAUUAUGGGUAUCAAGAAUUAUCAGGAAAAAUCUGUGUUGGAUUUGAUUACAUCAGUAUCAGAAGAAAUUCCAGUAAACCUGAAAAAAUUGAUGGGACAAAUGGGUGAGAGUAGAGUAAUGGAUGACAACCUCUAUAGGGCGGCCUUAAGAGGAGAUAUGAGUUUGUUUGAGCAGCGACGACGACAACGAUCAUCUCAAGAAAGUAGUGAUAUUAUAUCUACUGACCAUAAUAAUCAUACUUAUGAAUAUGAUGAUGACUAUUUUCUUUGUCAAGCUGAUGAUGGAAGUAAUAUAAUUCACAUAGCACUCCAACAUGGUCAUAAGCUAUUCAUUAUAAAAGCUUUGGAAUGUUUUUUGGAUCUUAUCUACCAAAAAGACUUCAAAGGAGAUACUCCAUUACAUGUUGCUGCAAGACUUCAAUCUCCUACAUCAUUAGAAUUCUUGAAAUGUGCUCUCACCACUUGGAACGAAACGAAGAUCGGAUUGGCAAUUCCUCCAUGGGUGGUGAAGAAUUCGAAAGGGAAUACAUUCCUCCAUGAAGCAGCAUCAACAAGUAACUACGAGGUUAUAUCUUUAGCAUCAAAUCAUGAACUUGUAAAUUUUGAAGCAUUUUCAGAUAUAAAUGACAAUGGUGAGACCUUUCUUCACUUGAUAGCAAGAUAUGCCACUUAUGCAGAUAUAUCAGAAACUGUAAUCGAGAACUUGCUUAAACGAAGCAAAACUGUCGUGCAUAUGCGUGACGUGGAUGGCUUAACCCCUACUUUAAGAGCAGCACAAUGUGGUCAGAUUCAGCUAGUUACCAUCAUUUCUUUGGGUUACCCUUCAACAAUACAAAACUGUGAUUAUAAGGGUAGAACAGUUUUGCAUCUUCUAAGGACUUCGGCCUUAAAACUUGUCAGUGGUUCAAAGGCCAUACUUACUUCGUGGACAGAAAAUUCCCUUAUCAAUAUGGGAGUUCAUGGCCUCAUAUUCAAACAAGAUAAUGAUGGAAAUACACCAUUACAUCUUGCCAUCACGGUUCGUGACUUUGAGAUUGCGCAAUUUCUCAUCAAAUGGUGUACCAAGAUAGACUUGAACACAGGGAAAGAUUUGAUGAAUAUUAAGAAUAAUGAUGGAAAGUCGGUUGUAGACUUGAUUAUAUAUGGAUCAAGCAUUCCUGCAAACUUGAAAAAAAUGAUAGAAUGGGCUACUAGGAGAAGGAUUAUGGAUGACAAGCUCUAUAAGGCGGCUACAAUAGGAGAUGCACAUUUGUUGCAGCAACGAAGAACUCAAAAUCAGGACAUAGAAAUAAAAGCUACUACUUAUGAUGAUGACUACUUUCAUUGUCUAGCUGAAGAUGGAAGUAAUAUAAUUCAUAUAGCACUUCGACAUGGUCAUAAUCUAUUCAUUACAAAAGCUCUAGAAAGCUUUUUUGAUCUAAUCUACCAAAAGGACUCGAAAGGAGAUACGCCACUGCAUGUUGCUGCUAGACUCCAAACUCCUGCAGCAUUAGAGUUCUUGAAGUUGUCUCUCACCAUCUGGAAAGAAAAAGAUGAACACUUCAAAUUCUUAAUUCACCCCCAAAUAUGGACGGUAACAAAUUCAUUUGGAAACACAUUCCUUCAUGAAGCAGCAAGGACUAGUAACUAUGAGGUUUUAUCUUUAGCAAAAGAUCAUGUGACUUCUGAAGGAAUGUCAUACACAAAUGACAAUGGUGAGAACUUUCUUCACUUGAUAGCAAGAUGUGCCUCGUAUUUAGCAACAGAAACCUUGGAAGAGACCGUACAUACAUGGGUGACAGUGAGCAAGUCUUGUGUUCAUAUACGAGAUAUAGAUGGCUUUACUCCUGUCUUGCGAGCAGUACAAUGUGGGCGACUUCGGGUAGCUAUUUCUCUUGUAAACCAAUUUUCUCGGUCAAUAGAGAUUUGUGACCAUAAAAGUAGAACAGUCCUACACCACCUUAAGGCUACGGUUAUAGACCUUGUUGAUGAUUCAGAAGAUAUAAUGCCACUCUUGAAGAAAUUUAUUGAACUUCCUGGAGUUGAUGGCUUUAGAGUUGCUCAAGAUGAAGAUGGGAACACACCUUUACAUUUAGCCAUUUUGAACGGGGAUGUUGCUACGACAAAAUUUCUCAUGGAACUAUGUCUCCAGUCAGAAGCAAAGCAAGAAUUGACUAUCGUCAACAAAGAUGGUCAUUCGAUCUUCAAUCUACUCUCGUCAAAAAGCCAUACAUCUGCAAUGAAUGAACUCGAAGAAUGGGUGAGCAAAAGUUACAUCAAAGAGAGACAGUUAGUAGAUAAGAUGAUGGACGACAAGCUGUACCAGGCAGCAAGAGAUGGCAAUGUGCGAUUUUUUGAUGAAGUUGUUGCUAAUUGUAAUGCGGAAUUGGAUGUAGAAAGCGGGCUUCAAAAAUAUGAUGAAGCCUACUUUUGCAGAAAAACACCAGAUGGAAGCAAUAUAAUUCAUAUUGCCCUCAGACAUGGGAAUCCACAAGCAGCAGAUUUCAUUAACAGAGCUCUAAAGCUCUUCCCACUUCUCAUCUUAGAAGCGGAUAGUAAUGGAGACACAAUACUUCACCUUGCUGCAAAGUGGAAAAGUCAUACAUCAGUAGAAUUAUUAGCAAAUUCAUGGCAAGAUGUUUAUAAGGUGUGGAAAGAGCGAAACAAAGGUGUUUAUAUCGCUCCAUGGGAGGUGAAAAAUUAUAAGGGAAAUUUCCCAAUUCAUGAGGCUUUACAAACUGACAAUUUAUUAGCAGCAAGAGCUUUGCUCGAUUAUGAUGAGGCUGCUGCUACUCGUGUUAACGUCUUGGGAGAGACUCCACUCCAUGCUUAUGCCAAAUAUGGUUUUUCUAACAAUGAUGAUGCAGAUAAGUUUGCCAAGACUUUGAUUAGCAAAAACAAUUUAGCAGCAUAUAUCCGUGACAAUGAAGGUUUCACACCAUUAUUAAGGGCAGCAAAGUCUGGUCGUCUUAAUGUUGUAGGAACCAUACUUGCUCAUUGCCCUCAAUCAACUUACCUUCGAGAUCCUAAUGGCAGGACGUUUUUGCACCUUGUGCGUUUUACAUAUGGGGAUGUUGAGGAAAGUUUGAUAGACAUAUUGUACCAGACAGCAUUGCACUUAUCACGAAUCCCCGAGGUAGAUGCGCUAAGGCUGGUGCAAGAUAAUGAUGGAAACACCCCUCUUCAUUACGCCAUAAAGACUGGAAAUGACAUUGCUGGAACUGUUCUAAUUCGAAGAUGCUUAGAAUCAACAACUAGAGCAGAACUUGACUUGGUGAACAAAGAGGGUGCGACAAUACCCGAUUUAUUUGCAUCACUUGAUGUCCAAACUAAGAUAUUUGAGCUGAUUCGGAGGAUAGUGCCAGAGGCAAUGCACUUAGCUAGAAGCUCAUAUGGUAUCCGAAAGACGGAAAUGAAAGACUCUGCCAAUGCUCUCUCUGUGGUUGCUGGUCUCCUUGCUACCAUAACUUUUGCAGCCGCGUUUCAGGUACCGGGUGGCUUUAACGGUCAGGAUGGUUCCCCUGUGCUUCUAAUAAAGCCAGUCUUUCAAGCUUUCAUUGUGUUCAACACCUUUGCAAUGUGUGGCUCUAUGCUUGUCCUUUUUUAUCUCCUAUUGAUUAUGAGUAUUAGAACAACUCACAGCUUUCUUAAGGUGUUAGAUCUUUCCAUAUUUCUACUACGUGCAUCCUUCUACUCGACCUUAAUGGCAUUCACAACGGGUGUGUUUGUGGUUACUGCCAACAAUUCUUUAUGGCUGGCUAUCUUUGCAUCAGUACUCUGCUUCUUUACUGUCAUUUUAACAAUCAAUUCUUCAGUAGUCAAGCUCGCCAGAUUUGGUAGGUGGGUUUGUGGGUUAGCAGGUUAGCACUUCAUGGAAUCACAAAAGAAUAUUGUAUAGUAAUGUUAGCACUUCAACUUUUUUGUUGUCACUAAGGCGUUAUUCAUUUUAUUGUUGAUGAACUUGAUGUUAUUGAAUUUUGUAUAAUGAAGAUUUUGUACAGAGUACUAUUUAUGUUUUUUUA